AUGGGAGGAAACGCAUUCAAGUGGCAUUACACCCCUCGAAUGCCGAAGCGUGUUUACAGACACGUUCUCGAGCAGGUCACAGCCAAUUUGCGCACCAAGUUCGGCGUCGUCAUCGUCCCUCCCGGCGUCCCUGGCAAGACGGAUCAUGGCGACCUCGAUGUCAUCGUCGGCAAGCCCUUCGAAGGCAAGCUUCUCACCAAGCAAGAUCUUGCCGGUCUCAUAGGAGCCAUUGACAUCAACGAUGCCGACCGAGAGUGGGUAUACUACGCCAUCUCCUGGCCGGGAGAGUUCGCUGCCGACCUGCCCACCCGUCCGGUCAACUUUGACGACACUCGUUGGGACCGCACGAGCGACGGGCCCCAAGACAUGGACGUUAUCCAGGUUGAUGUUCAGCAGUACAAGGACCCGAUGGUCGCCGAGUGGAAUGCAUACUGGAUCUCCUAUGGCUGCAUGCGCCCCAUCAUGAAAGCGAUCCUGCGCGACCACGGCCUUCGCCACCAGCUCCGACCAGAACACAACUACGACGGCCUCAUCUUGCGGCCUCACGAUAUCGAAGAGGCUGUUGAGCAAGGCUACCUCAUGGUCAAGGGUGGCAAGAAGUGGUGCGAUAUCCCGCUGUCCCUGGAUCCCACCGAGCUCUUGCGCUUCGCGGGAAUGCUCAGCAUCGAUCAAAAGUGGAGCGACUUGAAGUUUGAGAAUGCUGAACAGAUGAGUGCACUUAUUUGUGCCAAGAAUCAUUUCUUCGACCCGGACAAGCUCCAGCUGUAUGUCUCCCAGUACGAGGAAGAGUACAGAAAGUAUAGAGAACAGGAGCCUGCUGAGAAGUACCUCAGCAUGUUCAAGUACUUGGUCAAGGACUACGUCCCAAGCCACCAGGAGUCACUCAAGCCUGGACUUCUAGCCCGUCUGUCGCCAUCCGAGGUUCAGAAGGAGGUCCGCAGCUUCUUCAGCUACCGGGCGCAAGAGAUCGAGAUAAAGGUAAAGAGUGCGAAGAGCUUGUACGAGCCCAAGAGAUUCUGGGUCAACCUCACCAGCCAGCUGCGCCUCGAAAUCCAGCCUGAGGUGGUCUCUGAUGUCAAUAUCAGGCGCUACGGAAAGAUCGGCACGCUUUUGUGGUUUGCCUCCACGGGUCUCAAGUCACUCUUGCUUCGCAAUCCAUCGCUGUUAGAGGCUCUCGUCAUGACUCCUCUCUCCGCUGACGACAAUGCCAGACUGAAAGGCUUGGUCAAUACGCGUAUUAGCUACGUCGUACGUCGCAUCAAGAGCAAGACCGUCAAUUACGACGCCAGCAAGCUAUUAGGCAUGAACACGGCCACUGUCCUCGAGUACGACCUUUGGGAGGCGGGAGACUACGACAAACUCCUGAAUCUUUGCGUUGGCAACCGCGAGGUUCUGGAGCAGGAGCAGAAGGACAUUGAUGUGAAGAACUACCUUGACUCCUUGGAGAGACGCGGCAAGCUGAAGACGCCUCGCGAUGUCGACUAG